AUUUGUAGUAGGCUUCCAACGGACUUUAUUGAAAAAGAAAAUAAUAAUAAAAAAUGGGGCAGAAAUAGAAGGAGGAGCCGCAGGCUUUGAAAAUUUAGGUACAGCCCACGCGGCUUCCGUGGAUAACAAAUCUCCUCCUGGAUAGAGGAUAGUGAAACCCCUUCGCUCUUGUGGAAGCUCUAAGGUGUAGUGCUCAAAGCUGAUGCUAAGAAGCUGUCAAUGGCUUCUGCUAUCACAUCCUCCGUACAAACGAGCAACUUAAAAUCUGCAUUUUUGGGUGAGAGACUUGGACUAUGUGCAUCUAUGGCUCCUGUCACUCAUAUCUGUUCCUUUAGGAAGGCUAUAGAAUGUAAGGAAUCAAGGAUAGGGAAGCAGCCAAUUGAAGUGCCAUCCAAUGUGUCAAUCACAUUGGAAGGUCAGAGCUUGAAAGUAAAGGGGCCUUUGGGAGAACUUUCAAGAACUUAUCCACGAGAAGUGAUACUUGAAAGGGAGGAAUCUGGUUUCCUAAGGGUUAAGAAGGCAAUGGACACCAGGAGGGCAAACCAGAUGCAUGGACUUUUCAGGACUCUUACCAACAACAUGGUUGAGGGUGUAUCUAAAGGGUUCGAGAAGAGACUUCAACUGAUUGGUGUUGGGUACCGUGCAAUAUUAGAAGGGAAUGAGUUGGUCUUGAAUCUUGGGUUCUCUCAUCCGGUCAAGAUGGCAAUUCCUGACAACCUAAAAGUGAAGGUGGAGGAUAACACUAGAAUUGCAGUUAGCGGAUAUGACAAAUGUUCUAUCGGUGAGUUUGCUGCCUCCAUUAGAAAAUGGAGACCUCCAGAGCCAUAUAAAGGCAAGGGUGUGAGAUAUGCUGAUGAGGUUGUAAGAAGAAAAGAAGGGAAAGCUGGGAAGAAGAAGUGAUGUGUAAUAUACAUGCAAGACGUUGGCAUCUAUUAUAUUACAUUUUUUCUUCAAUGGUAAUCACCUUACCUUUUGUAUUCA